UAGGUCCCAAGGAUGCUUCGCUCCUGGACCCGCUCUGUUUUCAGUCAAACUUGGAUCCUAUACACAGGCAUCGGUGCCCCUUAGAAGAACUUGAAGCUGCUUAACCCAAGUGAAGGGGAUUGGCUCCCUGCUGGAAAUUCGGAUUUGAAAUUCAUGGGGAGAAUCUCCUAUAAAAACCACUAAACAAGGUGAUGGCUACUGUCUUAAGCCCUCAACUCAUGACUCUACAUGAACAAGACUGGAUCCUGAAAAUUAAUGUACCUUGGAGGGAAGAUACAAUCUUAGGAAGAGAUAAAUCAGCCCCUGAAGCUGCUCGACAGAGUUUUAGGUGGUAUCAAUACUCAGAAUCCGCUGGACCCCAAGAAGCCCUCAUGCAACUCAGAGAACUCUGCUUUCAGUGGCUAAGGCCAGAGAUUCACACAAAGGAAGAAAUCCUGGAGCUGCUGGUGUUAGAACAAUUUCUAACCAUCCUUCCUGGAGAUAUCAGGAUUUGGGUAAAGUCUCAGCAUCCCACAGAUAGCAAAGAGGUAGUGAAUCUGCUGGAGGACUUGAUCCAAGCAGCUGAGGAGAGAGCUAUUAACCCUCAGGACUCUAGCCUUCUUCAGGUAGAUGCAGGAGAAGAAGAGAUGAUGGCUCCUGAACUCCUGACUUUGAGAUCCCAGGAUGUGGCUGUGGAUUUCACCCAGGAAGAGUGGGGGCAGUUGGAGUUAGAUCAGAAGGACCUAUACCUGGCUGUCAUGCUGGAGAACUACAGGAACCUAGUUUUUCUGGGGCUUCCAGUUUCCAAACCAGAAUUAAUUUCCCAUAUGGAUCAAGGGGAAGAGCCAGGAAUCCUGGAGAGAGAAGUCUCAAAAGGUACUUGUUCAGAUUGUAACACUGGACCUGAAAGCAAAGGGUCAAUUUCUAAUCCAGCCAUUUCUGUCGAAGAAUCAUUUUUGGAAAGACUUACAAUGGUUGGUCUUAAGGAUUCCCAAGGACAAGAUUGGAAAUCUAAUGUCAAGAAAGAGAAGCAGCAGCAUAAUUGGGAGAGACAAUCUGAGGAAGUAACAGUCCCCGGAAGAAAAACUUCUGAUAUAUUAAGAGACCAUGGAUGCAAUAAGCUUGAGAGAAGUUAUAACCUGGGGUCAAUUCCUGUUUCACAAAGAACAGAUUCUAUAGAAAAGAGACUCCAUAAACAUGAUACACCUGAUAUAGUUUGCAGUGAGUUUUCAGACGUGCUUAAAUGUAAUACAGUCUCCUCAGGAAAGAAACCUUGCAAGAGUAAUGAAUGUGAGGAAACAUCUAGUCAUUGCUCCAAUUUAAUGCAGUGUCAUGGUUUACAUAAUGAAGAAAAAGUGUACAAAUAUAAUGAAUCUGGGAAGGCCUGUGAUGAAAGCAUACACAUUACUCAACAUCUGGAAAUUUAUGCUGAAGAGAAACACUAUAAAUGUAAUGAAUGUGGCAAAGCCUUUAGCCGGAGUACAUUCCUUACUCAACAUCAAAGUAUUCAUACUGGGGAGAAACACUAUAAGUGUAGUGAAUGCAGCAAAGCCUUCAGUCAGAGAACACACCUUGUUCAGCAUCAGAGAAUCCACACUGGAGAGAGACCCUAUGAAUGUAAUGAUUGUGGAAAAGCCUUCAGCCAGAGAUCCCACCUUGUUCAGCAUUGGAGAAACCACACUGGAGAAAAACCUUAUGAUUGUAAGGAAUGUGGGAAAGCUUUUAGGGACAGUUCAUCUCUUAUUCGACAUCAGAUCAUUCAUACUGGAGAAAAAACAUAUGAAUGCCUUGAAUGUGGAAAGGCUUUCAGUCACAGUUCAAUCCUUACUCAGCAUCAGAGAAUUCAUACUGGAGAAAAGCCCUAUGAGUGUAAAACAUGUGGAAAAGCCUUUAGUCAUAGUUCAUCCCUUAGUCACCAUCAGAGGAUCCACACUGGAGAGAAACCUUUUGAGUGCAAUGAAUGUGGAAAAGCCUUCAAUGACAGCUCAUCUUUUAUUAAACAUCAGAGAAUUCAUACUGGAGAGAAACGCUAUAAAUGUAGUGAAUGUGGAAAAGCCUUUAGCCAGAGCACACAUGUUAUUCAGCAUCAAAGAAUCCAUACUGGAGAGAAACCCUAUGAAUGUAAUCAGUGUGGAAAAGCCUUCAGUGAAAACUCAUCACUUACUCGACAUCAGAUAAUACAUUCUGGAGAAAAACCACAUGAAUGCAAUGAAUGUGGAAAAACUUUCUGGCACAGCUCAUCUCUUAAUCAACAUCAGAGAAUCCAUACUGGAGAGAAACCCUAUGAGUGUAGUACAUGUCAGAAAACAUUCAGUUGCAGAUCAUCACUUUGUAAACAUAAGAGACUUCAUAUUGGGGAGAACAAUCACACUGAUGAGAAACUCUAUAAAUGUAAUGAAUGUGGCAAAGCCUUCAGCCGAAGUACUUUGCUUAUCCAACAUCAGAGUAUUCAUACUGGAGAGAAACACUAUAAGUGUAAUGAAUGUGGCAAAGCCUUUACUCAGAGAACACACCUGGUUCAGCAUCAGCGAAUCCACACUGGGGAGAAACCUUAUGAAUGUAAUGACUGUGGAAAGACCUUCAGGUACAGAUCAAAUCUUACUCAGCAUCAGAGAAUCCAUACUGGAAAGAAACCCUACAAAUGUAAUGAAUGUGGGAAAGCUUUCAGGGAGAGCUCAUCUCUUAUUCGACAUCAAAUCAUUCAUACUGGAGAGAAAACAUAUGAAUGCAAUAAAUGUGGGAAAACCUUUAUUCACAGUUCAUCUCUUAGCCAACAUCAGAGGAUACACACUGGAGAGAAACCCUUUAAGUGUAAUGAAUGUGGGAAAGCAUUCAGUAGUAGCUCAUCCUUUAUUAAACAUAAGAGAAUUCAUACUGGAGAGAAACGCUAUAAAUGUAGUGAAUGUGGGAAAGCCUUUAGCCAGAGCACACAUGCUAUUCAACAUCAAAGAAUCCAUGCUAGAAAGAAACCCUUUGAGAAUAAUGAAUAUGGAAUAUCUUUCAGUAACAGCUCGUCUUUUAUUAACAAUCAGAGAAUUAAUAUUGGAGAGAAACGAUAUAAAUGUAGUGAAUGUGGAAAAGCUUUCAGCCAGCGCACACAUGCUAUUCAGCAUCAAAGAAUCCACACUGGAGAGAAACCCUUUGAGUGUAAUGAUUGUGGGAAAGCCUUCAGUAAUAGUUCAUCCGUUAUUAAACAUCAGAGAAUUCAUACUGGAGAGAAACGAUAUAAGUGUAAUGAAUGUGGAAAAGCUUUUACCCAAAGCACACAUGCUAUUCGGCAUCAAAGUAUCCACACUAGAAACAAACCCUUUGAGUGCAAUGAAUGUGGCAAAGCCUUUAGUCAGAGGACUCAUCUUGUUCAGCAUCAGCGAAUCCACACUGGGGAGAGACCCUUUGAAUGUAAUGAAUGUGGAAAAAGCUUUAGGCACCGUUCAUCUCUUACUCAGCAUCAGAGAAUCCAUACUGGAGAGAAACCUUAUGAAUGUAAUAUGUGUAGGAAAGCCUUUAGAUCCAGAUCAUCACUUACUAAACAUCAAAGAAUUCAUACUGAAGAGAAGUUAUAUGAAUGAAAUGCAUGUGAGAAAGCCUUCAAUAAAAGUUUAUCCUUUAUGAACAUGAAAGAAUCCAU